AUGACCAGGAACAGAGAGGACCAGGUCCAGAGAGGACCAGGAACAGAGAGGACCAGGAACAGAGAGGACCAGGGCCAGAGAGGACCAGGAACAGAGAGGACCAGGGCCGGAGAGGACCAGGAACACAGACGACCAGGAACAGAGAGGACCAGGACCAGAGAGGACCAGGGACAGAGAGGACCAGGAACAGAGAAGACCAGGACCAGAGAGGACCAGGACCAGAAAGGACCAGGAACAGAGAGGACCAGGGCCAGAGAGGACCAGGAACAGAGAGGACCAGGACCAGAGAGGACCAGGACCAGAGAGGACCAGGAACAGAGAAGACCAGAAACAGAGAGGACCAGGGCCAGACAGGACCAGGAACAGAGAGGACCAGGACCAGAGAGGACCAGGACCAGAGAGGACCAGGAACAGAGAGGACCAGGACCAGAGAGGACCAGGAACACAGACGACCAGGAACAGAGAAGACCAGGAACAGAGAGGGCCAGAGAGGACCAGGAACAGAGAGGACCAGGAACAGAGAAGACCAGAAACAGAGAGGACCAGGAACAAAGAGGACCAGGAACAGAGAGGACCAGGAACAGAGAGGACCAGGAACAGAGAGGACCAGGACCAGGGAGGACCAGGAACAGAGAGGACCAGGGCCGGAGAGGACCAGGACCAGAGAGGACCAGGAACAGAGAGGACCAGGAACAGAGAGGACCAGGGCCCGAGAGGACCAGGAACACAGACGACCAGGAACAGAGAAGACCAGGAGCAGAGAGGACCAGGGCCAGAGAGGACCAGGAACAGAGAGGACCAGAGAAGACCAGGAACAGAGAAGACCAGGAACAGAGAGGACCAGGAACAGAGAGGACCAGGAACAGAGAGGACCAGGACCAGAGAGGACCAGGAACACAGACGACCAGGAACAGAGAAGACCAGGAGCAGAGGGAAACCCAGGAGAGGAAGGAGAACACAGAGAGGACCAGGACAGGACAGAGAGACCAGACAGGAGGGACCAGAGAGGACCAGGCGGAGAGGACAGACCAGGAGGACCAGGACAGAGAGAGACCAGGAACAGAGAGGACCAGGGCCCGAGAGGACCAGGAACACAGACGACCAGGAACAGAGAAGACCAGGAGCAGAGAGGACCAGGGCCAGAGAGGACCAGGAACAGAGAGGACCAGAGAAGACCAGGAACAGAGAAGACCAGGAACAGAGAGGACCAGGAACAGAGAGGACCAGGAACAGAGAGGACCAGGACCAGAGAGGACCAGGAACACAGACGACCAGGAACAGAGAAGACCAGGAGCAGAGAGGACCAGGGCCAGAGAGGACCAGGAACAGAGAGGACCAGGACCAGAGAGCACCAGGACUAGAGAGGACCAGGAACAGAGAGGACCAGGACUAGAGAGGACCAGGAACAGAGAGGACCAGGAACAGAGAGGACCAGGAACAGAGAGGACCAGGGCCAGAGAGGACCAGGAACACAGACAACCAGGAACAGAGAAGACCAGGAGCAGAGAGGACCAGGACUAG